AUGUCGAUGCAGCAGCGCAAAGAUGAGAUCCUCGCGAAGCGGGCCAAGCUUGCCGAGCUCAAAAAGCAGCGCGAGCUGCGCCAGAAGGAAUUCACCUCCCGAACCAGUGUUGGGGAUGCUUCAGAGAUUAUCUCACCAAUACCAAGCCGCACAGAUAAUAGACACGACCUCGAUGACUUGAUCUCUCGCUUGGUCGACCGCCCAGCGUCGGCCUCCCUCAGCCACGGCGCCGAUAGCCAGUCGCGGAGAGGAAGUCGACCAACCUCCGUGUUGAGCGCAAGCCAAUUAAGUGGGGAGAAUGCAGAUACAUAUGCAGCUCCAUUGCGACCACAAUCUCAGUCCAUUGCCGUCCAGACAACAGAUGAACCUUGGAUUUCCUCUGCAACGGAAGCCCCGCAGCCCCCUGAACUUGAACCCGAAUACAAAUCCACACCCAAACCGGAAGUUGUCACCUAUAGCAAGGCCGUGCAAACAGACGGACUAGAUUUCCAGCCCGAGACUCCUGAAGAGUCUGUCGCUUCGGACGAUGAGGAGUCACCCGGUACUACGCGGUCGAGCAAGCGCCUCAGUAGACGAGACCGGGAGCGAGACGAGGAAAUCCGACAGAAGCUUCGCAAGGAAAUUGAGGACGAGCUUCAAGCUACCAAUCAGGCCGAUAAUAAUGAGAACACAGCUGCACAGUCCGCAAAGCUGCGGUAUCCUCUACGCAAACUCGAUGACGACGAACUGAAGGCAGUCACAUCGUCGAACGAUUUCUUGGACUUUGUGGAGCGCUCUUCCAAGGUUAUCGAGCGAGCUUUGGACGAAGACUACGAUGUACUGGCAGACUAUGAGCUGGGUGGAACUGAUGGGCAUCUGCAAGAAGAUGAGGAGACUGGCAAGAAAAGGAGAGGAAUGCAAGAGGUGUGCCAUUUCUGGGACGAACGAUGGAGCAAGAAUCGCAUUAUCAGUGAUCUAAGCUUCUCUCCUAAGGCAAGCUUUCUACUUCCAAUAAAUUUCCCUGAACUGUUGCUUGCAUCAUACACCAAGAAUACUUCCGCUCCUCACGAACCCGAUGGUCUUGUUCAGAUCUGGAAUCAGCACUUGCAAACUCGUCCGGAAUAUGUGUUCCACUCAACAUCCGAUAUCCUUACCGCAAAAUUCUCUCCCUACCAUCCAAACCUUGUUGUUGGAGGCUCCUAUUCGGGACAGGUGCUCGUAUGGGACACUCGUUCCUCACGCGCCGGUGGAGGCUCUCCAGUACAAAAGACCCCCCUAUCAGGCGGCGGACACGCCCAUCCCGUUUACAGCAUCUCAAUUGUCGGCACACAAAAUGCACACAAUAUUAUGACCGCCUCCACGGACGGUGUGGUCUGUGGUUGGACGAUGGAUAUGCUCUCUUACCCACAAGAUCGUGUGGAACUGACUACACCUCCCCCAUCUAAGACCGAGGAUCUUGCUCCAACCACCAUGUCAUUCCCUCACACUGAUCCUACGUUCUUCAUCGUCGGUACUGAAGAGGGAGUCAUCUACCCGUGCCACCGGUACGAUCGGGCCGGAGCCAAGUCUGGCACAGACCACCGCCUAGCCUACAAGGGACAUACUGCACCAAUCAUGUCUACCGCAUUCCACCCCGGUCGUGGACCCGUAGACCUUGGCGAUCUUAUGCUGAGCUCCAGUCUGGACUGGAGCGUGAAGCUCUGGCGUGUGCGGCCACCUGCGACGACCGCCUCUGCCACAUCUGGUAUGGCCCAAUCCCAAGUCGUCUCACCCAUUCUCGACAUUACCCGUGACGAUGUUGUCUACGAUGCUCGCUGGCACCCAACCCGACCUGGUGUGUUCUCUCUCGUCGACGGUGCCGGCAACGUCGAAGUCUGGGACCUCGCUUCAGAUACUGAAGUGCCAGUCGCGCGUGAGGUUGUCGACAAUACCCAUGGCAACAUCAUGUCCCGAAGCCUUAACAAGGUUGCGUGGGACGAGCGUGAAGGACGCCGUCUGGCAACUGGUGGCCUCAAUGGUGUUGUUACAGUCUUUGAAGUUGGAAAGGGUCUCUGUGGACUGCCGGAAGAAGUGCCGGCGGACGAGUGGACGGGAAUGAAGCGGCUCGUGGGAAAGCUGGAGCAGAAAGACAAGGAUCGGGUGGCUUAG